GUAAAACCUAGCCACACCGUCAACCUACCUUACUUAAGAUAAAUAGCGUUUAUACAGACAUAAAUUUACAUUCGCCUUACAAACACUGCAAGUUUUAAUCGAGAAGGAUCGAUGUUUAAACAGCAACCCUUGUCAUGAGCAAAUCGGGUGUUUACCUUGUGUCCAGCACACCAGUGGAUGCAGACAGGGGAACCAAGCCAGGGUACAACAGCACAUCAGUAGAUGCACACAAGAGAAACCAUCAAGUUUACGACAACUCGGUAUUCACGAAUAGCGAAGAAAAGGCCACCUAUAGUGAGGCCAAUGGCAUCGUUCUUGAGUUUGAGAAGGUCAGGCCGAGCAAACCGUACCGAGGAAUGGGCAAGGAAGACCUGCUGUACUUCUCCUCACAGCCAUUUUGGAGGCGACUGCGAAUGAUCUGUGUAGCGAUCGUUCUGAUUGGCUGGGUGGCUCUGAUAAUCACCGUAGCGGCCCUGGUGCUAGCGUAUCCAAGGUGUCGCGAGGCGCCGUCUAGGUCAUGGUGGCAAGCGGAAGCAGUAUAUCGAGUCUAUGUGCCAAGCUUUAAAGACAGCAAUGGUGAUGGUAUCGGAGACUUAAAAGGUAUCGAAUCCAAGCUGGACUAUAUCAAGGACCAAGGCUUCGGUGUGAUCUCGUUGAGCCCCAUCUACGCGACAGCCGAUACUGAGUCGAACCCAACCUUCGACGAUUUUCGCGCCGGAAACGACCUAGCCGUCACGGACCACAAGGCGGUAGGCGGCGUCUACGGAACUCUGGGUGACAUUGACUCUCUUGUGGCCGCCGUCCACGACAGGGGGAUGUACCUGGUACUAGACUUCAUCCCGGGAGUCACGGGCACGACGCAUGCGUGGUUCAGUGAGUCGCGAAAUAACGGCAGCGAGAGAAGGAACUUCUACGUAUGGGCCGGCAAGGCAAGCGACGCUGACCCACCUAAUAACUGGGUAGGUAACGUCUUACACUACGUAUGGGCCGGCAAGGCAAGCGACGCUGACCCACCUAAUAACUGGAAAAGCCAUUUUGGUAUACCAGCGUGGACGAAGGAUUCUAUCAGACAACAGUUUUACCUACACCAGUUCGCAUCGGAUACGCCUGAUCUGAACUUACGCAGUGCCGCGGUGCGGGAAGAAUUGGAGGACAUACUGACAUUCUGGCUAGACAGAGAUAUAGACGGGUUCAACAUUCGAGACCCUGGCUUCAUUUUUGAAGACUUCGAUCUUAGGAACAACACCGUCAAACCAGGCAUCACAUCACCGGGGAAUGCCUAUACCGACUACCAGCCGAUUCAUACUAGCGGUCAACCGGAAGUGUACGGACUGCUGGAGGAAUGGAGGAUGAUGCUGCGAGCCCACAAUAAGACCGCAACCGAGAAGGUACUGUUGACCAAUGUUGAUGGCGCAUUGGACAUCUCUCGUAUCUACAGCUUCUGUGACCGCUCAGGAGUUCAGAUGCCUCUCAAUACUGGGUUUCUGACAACAACAAGCUGCAAUGGCGCAUGCGUCACGAAACUGGUCUCUGAUUGGAUGGGAAAGACUCCUAGCGGAAAAUGGGCAACUUGGAUGGGGGGUGACAAUUACGACAGGAUAUUCACUACGUUCAACGCAAGUUACGUGGAGGCUUUCAUGACGUUAUCCUUCCUGCUACCAGGGACGCCGGUACUUUAUUACGGGGACGAAAUAGGUGCGCAGAAUAUCGGAAGUGGCAGCGCAAUGACCGCUGCCCGGAACGGCACCUCUCGGGGAAUCAUGACGUGGAACGCGAAUUCAACUCAGGAUGGAUUCUGCGACAAUUGUACAAACAUUUGGACCUCUGUCAUGUCGAGGGCUGAACAACAGCGUGGACCGACUUCGGACUAUAUUAAAGAGCUUGUCACACUGAGACGGAAAGUCUCGUUCAAGUCCGGAGAAUACUCACGAGCGCUCGUGGACGAUGACGUGUUCUCGUUCGUGCGAGAAGUCGACGGCGAACCGGGAUAUCUUGUUGCUAUUAAUUUCGGACCAAACAAAGUGUCACGUGACUUCAUUGGGUCACAUGACACAAUUUCGCCAGAGGGUGUUAUUGCGAUGACAAGGGGCACCGCCUACAGUGUUGAUGACAAGGUGAACCCAGCCAAGCUUGAAAUCGAAGCAUAUGGGGCCGUUGUCGUUUCCUGGGAUUAUGUUGCUAAGGAACUCUGA